AUGGCACCACGUCGCCCGCCGCAGCCGCUCGCAGGAGACCGGCGUUACAAUACGGAUUUUGUCCAGCGCUUCACGCAACGAGAGGAGGAGAGGCGGGUUGCGAAGCGACCGAAGGCGCUCACGGCCGGGCAGCACGCAGCGCUUCGCGAACAGCUCAAGAACUUCCAGUUCCUCAAGCCUGACUAUGCCGACAACACCAAGAUCAGCAUUGCCGGUAUACUACGAAAAUGGAAGAGUUAUUGCAAAGACGCGGAGCGCUGGGGUUCCUGGCAAAAUGUGAUCAGGAAUGCCGACCGGACGGAGGCGAUGGAUUUCCUCGAAUAUCUCUGCCAGUCCUACAGGAUCAAAUCAUGGGGCACAUCGUGGGAGUAUUUCCGCCAGUACAAGCAGCUCUACGCCAGUCAGAGAAGUUCAGAAGGGCAAUGGCUGAGACUUUGCUCGGCUCGCCACGGCGACACAUACCACCCCCCAACAUCCUCGUUGCUGCCCAGGAUCAAACUCAUCGACGUCAACGCUCGAGAGGUGGUCCGACAUCCCGGCGGCAAUAUCCCGUACCCCGCUCUCAGUUAUAUCUGGGGCGGCGCCUCGCAGGUCAGUGUCGGUAUCGGCCCGCUGCCUCCCGUGCUUCCCGCCACCAUCAACGAUGCCAUCACGUUUACCAAGGAGCUGGGGUUCGGCUAUCUCUGGGUCGAUUAUAUAUAUGUCGAUCAGGAGGACCCAGCAGAGAAAGCAGAAUAG